AUGACUGUAUAUAAGAAACCGGUCUUGCAAGCCUCUAUAAUUGUCUCAAACAUCACUAUAACUUAUAGCUUUGCGACCACUCCCAAGGCGACGUUUCGACGGAAAACAAGCUUUUGGACACAGCAGCCGCACCUAAUUGCAACGUUGAUUCGAAGUCCACAAAGUGCAACCAUCACGACAAAACAACCCCGAGCACCGCGAAGCAAACGUCCACCCGCACCGGUCGCCAAGGUCCGCGAAAGCCAGGCAGUCCGAUGCACGCGCCGGACAACCAGGGCUAAGAACCCCGAGCCGUUACAAUUUCAAGAUGUUGAGGAUAGCGAUGACGACCAUGAUGAAGAAAACGAAGACGGCUCCAUGGUAGUAUACGUCACAAAAGGCAGCGAUGCAAAACGCCUCCUACGGGAGGGCUACUUUUUCACGUCGCAGGGGAGUCAGGCUACACGCGAGUAUUUGAACGACGAACAGGCGCGGAGCAAUGUUACAACUGUCAAGAGAUCGGCCACAAGGCAUUCCAGUGCAAGAACGCCCAGAAAUGCGCAAGAUGUACUGGCGAAGGCCAUCGUCAUAGCGAAUGCACCGACGCCGUCUUGA